UUUACGUUUUUGUUCAUUGAUGACAGCUGAGAAAUUUGUUUUGCUGUUUUCAAGCAAUUUUGAAGGUUUUUUAAUCUAUUAGCAAUAGUAGAAGUUAUUCAUGAAAUUAUAAAAAGUCUAUUUAUAUGAUAAUAUAAACUGCACUAAUUGUUAUUUGAAAAUAAAGUACAGAAGUUGUUAUAAAUUUUAGUAAGAUGUUGGCUCUUAUGAAUAGAAUAUUAGAUUGGUUUAGAAGCUUGUUUUGGAAAGAAGAAAUGGAAUUAACAUUGGUAGGAUUACAAUAUUCAGGAAAAACGACUUUUGUUAAUGUUAUUGCUUCAGGGCAAUUCAGUGAAGAUAUGAUACCGACAGUAGGCUUUAAUAUGAGGAAAAUUACCAAAGGAAAUGUUACUAUUAAAGUUUGGGAUAUUGGAGGACAACCCAGAUUUAGAUCUAUGUGGGAAAGAUACUGUAGAGGUGUUAAUGCCAUAGUGUAUAUGGUGGAUGCAGCUGAUCCUGAUAAAAUAGAGGCAUCGAGAAAUGAACUGCACAAUCUUUUAGAUAAACCUCAACUAGCUGGUAUUCCAGUACUCGUUUUGGGAAAUAAACGUGAUAAGCCUCAAGCUUUAGAUGAGAAUGGUCUAAUUGAAAGAAUGAAUUUAUCAGCAAUACAAGACCGCGAAAUAUGUUGUUAUUCAAUUUCUUGCAAGGAAAAAGAUAACAUUGACAUCACAUUACAAUGGUUAAUAGCCCAUUCUAAAUCUGGAAUGCGUUAAACUAAUAUGUGUAAGCUUAAUUGAUCUUAUUUUAUAAUUUAAAGUUAAUAAGGUUAGAGUUACUAUAAAUUUUGUUAUAAUUCUAAAAAGAAAAACUGAAUAGUUUCAGACAAAACUAUUUUACAUAAAACCUUUUUGGGGGGUAAAUUUAAUUGAAAUUGUUAAUUUAAUCUGUAAGAUAUAACAAUAAAUAUAAUAACUUUAACCCAUUAUCAUAAUUAUAUAUAUUUAGACCAGAAACCUAAAUUGUAUUUAAGCAUGGUACAUGUUAAAGCAAACUGAGGAAGUUUAUUAAAUAUCUAGUUAAUUUUCUUCUUUUUUGCAUUACUAGAGUCUAGGAUUUAUUAUUUUAUAUGUAAGAACACUAGUCUUGAUUUCCUUAUUCAACUUCUUGAUAACAUCUAAUAAAUUGCUUGUGAUAGUUUAGUAAUUGUUAUAUAUAUAAAGUAAAAAUUAUAUUGUGUAAAAUUAAGUUUCUGUUUGCUUUUCAAUUAAGCUUAGAUCAAUAUAAUAAAUUCAGGAAUAGUGUGAAUCUAAAUAGAAUGAGCAAAGCACUUAAAUGUCAAUGUUAGUAAGUUUUGUAAAAUUAUCAAUUUUUUUCGUGUUCAAUUAGUCAAAAUAUGUCUCGAAUGUAAAAAAGUGCAAUUUUUAAUUUUUAAAUAAUUACCUUGAAUAAAUGGAUGCUGUUUCAAAGGAUAACAGACUGCUCUAGCUAGUGUUUGAGAUUGAAAAGCUAAUAAGUUAUUUUACCUGAAAUUAUCGAUAACCUUUUAAUAUACAUUUUUUGUAUUUAUGUGAAAAGUUAGUGUUGAUGGAUAAAUCAUGUUUUGAAAGUUAUUUCAUUGAUAAAUUUUGUGAAUUUUUUUUCCUUAUCCAGUAUUUGAUCUAAAAUUUAUAAAUGAUUUACCCCUACACUAAUAAUUGUAUAGUUGUAGUGUUGGAAGAGAUUUAAAAAAAUCUAUUGCACAAGAUGAGAAUUCAAAGCUGAGCCUUUUAUUCUUUUCUAUGCACAUUUUUUAUUAAUACUAGACUAUAUUUUUUUUAUUUUGUGUAUGUUAAAAUAUAAUUUAAAUGUAAAGGACUUUAUUAUUAAUAGAAUAUACCAAG